AAGGAAAUGGGGAGCAACACAACCAUCAGGAAGAUCCCCAUGCCCUUUGGGAGUCGUGUCAUAGAGGUUGCAUUCAAGGCAGAAUUUGUUAUCGAAUUCCUUACUAAGGAUAUCUCAUUCUACUCUCUGAUGUUAUUGAUGAUAUUGCACAAGAAAUUAAGCUCGUCGAAAGUCUAGCCCAGGAAGCUACCAAGAUUCCGAGGCAUAUGACAUCACAAGUGAAAAGCAAGACGAGUGGAGCAUCUUACCAGGUGUCAUCAUCGAGUAGUAUCCCAACAGUCGAUAAAGCUGAGGUGGUCUUGCAGGAUGUGGAGCAAGCAAUGAUUGAUAAACUUAUAAAAGGUCUAGAGCAGCUGGACAUCAUCUCCGUUGUGGGCGUGGCUGGACUAGGCAAGACUUUUUUGGCACAAAGAGUUUACCGUGAUCCUAGAGUUACAUCUCACUUCCACAUUCAGGCAUGGUGUUGUAUCUCCCAAACAUAUUGCAAGAGAGAUUUGUUGCUUCAGAUUUUGGCUUGCAUUGAUCAGAAAACUCAAUUUUCUGAGAAGGAUGAUUAUCAAUUGGCUCUUGAACUCCGGCAACGCUUGUUGAAACAGAAGUUUCUCAUAGUUUUGGAUGAUGUUUGGGACAUUAAAGCAUGGAAUGCUUUAAAAUCUUCAUUCCCAGAGAAAAACAAUGGAAGCCGAAUUCUCUUAACAAGUCGACUUACUGAUAUUAUUGGCACACCUUAUCAUCUUAGGACACUUGAUGAAUCAGAAAGCUAUGAAUUACUACAGAAGAAGUUGGCAGUUAUUAGAGAAGAAGGCUAUUCCGAAGAACAAAAUUUUCUCGGGUGGAAAAUAGCAAAAACUUGUAAUGGGAUGCCUCUAUCAAUUGCCAUCAUAUCUGGUAUCCUUGCAACUCUCGAUCAAGCUGGGUGGGAAGAAGUCGCAAAAAUGGUGAGUUUAACUGCCAUGGUUGGUGCCACAGAACAAUGCAGCAGCAUACUAGAGCUGAGUUAUGGGCAUCUGCCUGACCAUUUGAAGCAAUGCAUUCUUUACUUUGGAGCCUUUCGAGAAGAUUCAGAAAUUUGUGUCCGGAGGUUGACAUGGUUAUGGAUCGCUGAAGGAUUUGUGCAGAAGAGCGGGUCGGAGUGCCCAGAGAAAAUAGCAGAAGGCUAUAUAAUGGCUCUAAUCAACAGAAGCUUAGUUAUGGUGGGGCAACGAAGAUGCGCAGGUGAGGUCAAGACCUGCCGCAUUCAUGAUUUGUUGCAUGUCUUUUGUGUGAAAAUAGCCAAAAAACAAAAUUUUCUACAAUUGGUGCGAGGGUAUGAUGAGGAUCUUACAUUUGAUGAGCCGUACAACCCACGUCGAUUAUCUAUUCAAGCUCAACCAAAGCAUUUCAUCAAAUCUAGGAUAAUUUGUCCCCAAAUACGCUCUCUAUUAUAUUCAUCUCGAGAUUUUGGGGUCCGCCAACUCCGGUGCAAUUUUGGUUUCAUUUUUCUCCUGAAACUUCUUAUUGUGCUAGACUUGGAAAAAAUAUUAGUCUAGGUUCUGAUUUCCCGAGGGAAUUAUGGUCGCUUGUUCAGCUGAGGUACUUGGCAGUUCUAGGUUGGCUCAAGAAUGGCAUUCCAUCUUCACUAGAAAAGCUCUCAAAUUUGGAAACUUUUCUUGUGAGAACAAAGGAUAAUGUUGGUCUUUUUUUGUUGCAAGAUACUCUUCUAAAGAUGCAGAAAUUGAGGCAUCUGCAUGUGUAUGGUGCUUUGAUUGAUAUUACAUUGGCCAAUGAUAACCUUGAAAGCUCCUGCAUCUUGAACAAUUUAGACUCUUUUUCAACUAUGAAGCUUUAUCUUGGGCAAAGCAUGGAAAAGAUCAUCAGAAAGUUUCCAAAUAUCCGCAGACUGAAAUGCUGUCUGCUACAGUCAGAGGAAUCUUCUUGUGAUGGCACAAGGAUUGUGGCAAUGGAUUUUCUGAAUCAACUAGAAUCACUAAAGCUGCUUCUGGGUAAAGUGACUGCGCAUCCCAUCGAGUAUCAUCUCCCCUCGAAUCUUAAGAAGUUGACGCUGGAGGACUUCUCAUGGAGCAUAAUGUCCACAAUCAGAAAGCUACCAAAUCUCGAGGUUCUUAAAUUACUCCGACAAGCUGAUGGGGUAAAGGAGUGGGACAUGGAAGGCAAGGAAGAAAAGGAAAUCUUCCCUAAACUCAAGUUCUUGAAAUUGAAGGAUUUGAGCAUUGUCAAAUGGAUGGGAUCAGGAGAUCACUUUCCCAGUCUUGAGAGAUUAAUAAUGGAAGGUUGUGCAGAGUUGGAAGAGCUCCCUUCUUGUUUAGGGGAAUCUCAAACUCUUCAAUUGAUUGAGGUGCGUAGAUGCCUCUUCUCUACUGGGGAUUCAGUUCGAGAGAUUAUGCAACAGCAGAGAGACUAUGGAAAUCCGGAUCUUAAAAUCCUUAUCUCAGAAGAAAUUGAGGAGUCAGAUGGAGAUUCAGAUGGAUGGUGAGGGUAAACAUCAUCGGCUUCAAGUGCUACUAUCUUCUGUAUGGUUUUGCUGAGAAUGGUGUAAUAUUUUUCGUUGUAUUGCAUGCAUAUGUUGCAAUGUAUCA